UGUGAAAGUUAUGGAAACGGAGAACAACAACAAGAUAUGUUUUCUCCCUAUUUAAUUGGUUUUCUGUGGAAGAACGAUCUUUUUGACAAUACUAUUGAUGGAAUCAUAAAACUGGAUACCUAGUUGACUGAAAGUGUUGUGCCGAUAUUUGAAAGACCUGUAAAUAUUGUGGGAAAUGAGCGAGCAGAGUAUAGCAUCGGCGCGGGCGUCGGUGAUGAUCUACGAUGACGUGGGUAAGAAGUGGGCGCCGAGCGGCACAUCGCAGGGUCUGUCCAAGGUGCAUGUCUACCAUCACCCAUCCAAUCACACGUUUAGGGUCGUCGGCAGAAAGCUGCAGGACCAUGAGGUUGUGAUCAACUGUGCAAUACUGCAAGGCUUGAAGUACAACCAGGCCACGCCAACAUUCCAUCAGUGGCGUGACAACAGACAGGUGUAUGGACUGAACUUCACCAGCCGCGAUGAUGCUGAGAUCUUCUGCAAUGCGAUGUUGCUUGCCCUUGACACUCUCAACCAGCAAGCUGCACAACAGAGUGGCCAGCCCUACCGGGAAAACCAAUACGGGACUAAUCAGUAUCAGACGACGAGUCAGACCCCGCCACAGAGCCUGUAUGAGUCGAUCGGGCGAGCGUCUGGGCAGAAGCUUCAAUCAGGUCAGCAGCCAGCACUGUAUCAGUCCUGUCUGCCACAACAACAACAACAACAACAGCCGCAGCAACCGCCAGCACCACAGCAGCAACAGCAGCAGCAGCAGCAGCUACAGAUUUAUCACCAACCCACACUACAGAAUGGUGUCGAUGACACUGAUGCCACGUACAGAAACAGAUCUGAAGUGCAGGAACCCCGGCGCAUCUCGCAAGCGAGUAACGGCGGCGCUUCCCCGCAGCUACGACAGAUGCCUGCCACACCUCCCGCUCCGCCCGCACCUCCGCCCCCUCCCGGCGGCCUUACAGCACCACAUCCCCCGGGGCCUCCGGGCCCCCCAGCCCCACCACCACCUCCCGGACCAGGGUCACGGUCUCCUGCCACAGCUGGAGGAGGAAGCAAUCUGACAAAUGCUAUAGCCAAUGCAAAACUUCGAAAGACAUCAAGGACGUCAGAUGGCAACAGCAGUCCAUCUGUGCGGCCCCCUGGUGGUGAUGAGCUGAUCAGUGAGAUGCAGAUGACACUUCGACGCAGAAAGAUGCGUGGGAAAGUCAAUGGAAACAAUGGCGACAACGAUGAUGCAUCCUCACCACCCAGCAACGACACGGAGCGCCCUCCAUGGCGGAAAAGCAACAGCAACAGCAGCAGCACAAAUUCCAUGAAGCUGUCAGUUAAUGGAGGAGGGGAGUCACCCAAACUAGGAAGAAGACGGUUCGGUUCCUCGUCUUCCAACGAGCUUGCUUCCAUGUCGCCUGCUGUGAACGGUCACGAUAUGUCGCCGGACUUGGAUCGGGUGAAGCAGGAGAUACUCGACGAGAUGCGGCGAGACCUACAGAAGAUGAAGCUAGAGAUCAUCGAUGCCUUAAAGAUGGAGCUAUUUGCGGAAAGUUGUGCUCAACCUCCGGACAGUUGUAAACAGUUCUCUUUACGUCGCGUUUACUACCGAUUCACGAUGCAGAAUUCUGUACCCCCGGGCAUGGUGUUCCCUACAUCGACACCGUCGAUGGGAGGACAUCACCUGUGUGAUGCUAUAGCGACUGGACUGGGGGAGAAACGCAGUGCGAUGGACGCAGGUAUUCUCUCGGACGAUUCGGAUGAAGAUAUAGCGAUGGGCAUGAUCAUGCCAACAGCAACGUCGCAAGGCAUUUCCAACUCAAAGAAAAUGCCGCAUCCAAACGGAAAAAAGACAAAAGGACGAGUCAAAAUUAAGAUGGAGUUCAUAGAUAAUAAGCUCAGGCGAUACACCACUUUUAGCAAGAGAAAAACCGGUAUCAUGAAAAAGGCAUAUGAACUGUCGACAUUGACUGGGACACAGGUUAUGCUACUAGUGGCCAGUGAAACUGGUCAUGUUUACACGUUUGCAACACGCAAGCUUCAGCCUAUGAUAACUUCAGAGACAGGCAAGGCCCUCAUACAGACAUGUCUGAACUCGCCUGAUGUACCGCAUGGAGAGAGCGCCGAAAAUGCUCUGGACCAGCGAAUGAGUGCCACAGGGUUUGAGGAGACCGACCUCACCUAUGCCGUAGUUGAAGAGACGGCAAACAUACGGGAUUCUAAGCACGUGUUAUUUGGAAUGAGUUCGGAUGGAUCACAAUCGGAUGGUUACUCCCCUGCUCCUCUGGCACAACCCACCCCAGCCCACAGCCACCCAUUGCCUAAUGCAAUGCCAUCAGGGGGUACUUAUUCUCUAUCCAACAAGGCGAUAGUGGGGCCAUCUACAGGGCUUUCAAUGCAGCUUCCUCCGGCAGCUGGCUUCACAAUGCUUGCUCCAGGUCAGCCUGUGCAGCUAGGAGCAAUGUCUUCCAACCCACCAUCUUCUACCCAACAGACAAAUGUCCCUCCUCCUCUAGUCAAGGUGUCCCAGAGUCAGCAUCAACAAGCAUUGAAUCUAUCAACAUCUGCUACACAAGGAAGCAGCGUUAACCCUAGUGGUGCUGCGGAUGGAACGACACUUUCACAACUCACAGCACAACAAUCUGUAGCGCUUAUGUCUGGAAACAUGAUGAUUCCUAUCACGAGUAGUACACCAAGUACUAUAAAUUCGUUGCCACGCACAGUAGUUUAUCAGACUGCACAGGGUCUUAUGUAUGCAGCACCAACUACAAGCUUGCCCGAGGGCGUCAUAUUUAACUUCCAGCAACAGGACCAAAGUGGCACCACUGGUCAGCAGGCGCAGCACUACAUCACUAUCCCAGUGCCAGUAUCGUUAUCAAAUCACCAGCUGUUCAAUACACAGCAUGUGCCAUCAACACAGACUAGUGAAAUCGAUAAAAAAUCAUAGUGGUUCACAACAUUGUCUACUGUGAUGCAAUUUAGAGGUCCAUCAGUGCAGCACAGUGUGUGAAUAAGGAGUCCAGGAAGCAGCUGUAUUAUGAGAUUGAGGAAUAGAGAUAGACUAGCGAUGGCAGAUGAGUGCGAGAUAUUAGUGUUGAAAGUGAACCAACGAGGUCAGAGGAGGCAAAAGACAUUCAUAGCUGUGGGAUAUAUGGAUGAUACAGACCGCCAAAAUAAUUGAGAUCGUCUCCUGUGAUAAUACCAGUACACAGAUAAUGACUGAAUGAUAUCUACUCUGUGUACCUAGUGCCUUUUCACCGGUGACUUAUUGACCUAGACAUUGGGUACAUCCACUAGACCUAGUGACAGCUACUUAGAAGCAUUGGUAGUUUUUUAUCAAUACUCACAAUUAUCAAACUCAAUUAUGUGUAGAAUAUAUAACGAGAUUCAGAAAGUUCAAUUAUCCUUGUAUUUAUAUUUUCAGUAUGGAGAAGUAAGCUCACAAAAUUUACAGUAUAACAAAGGUGAACGUUAUUAGUAACGAUAUACUAGGCGUAGACCAGAAGGUGUUUACUACAUAAUUAUAUAUAUGUAAAAUCAGUAUGUAAGUACAUUCACUGGUUAGACUUCUCAAUGUUUUGGGGAUAAACUUUAUCUAUGUGAUUUGUGCACUAUUGCCUAGUGGUGGUAAAGUCAAUUAUCGUGCAGCUACUUUUCAGAUUAACAUAUAUAGUUAACGUUUAUAGUUAAUAUUAUUGCUACAUAUGUUGACUACGGCUGGCUACGUUUUGGGUUUGUUUUAGCGGUAUGUCUUUGAAUAAUUAUUUAUGCGUUGCUUGAGCUAUAUUAACAAAAUGGUGUACUUACAAAUACUGAAUAGUGAACACAACAUUGAGUAAGAAGAAGUAUAAUACGCAGAAUAACUACAAUGUUACUGGCGUGAUGUUUGUGUGUUAAGCUAGGCUAUCCAUAAAUUAUCUUGUAGUUUUCUGACUGUACGGAUAACCCGGUUAAGGCAAUGGGUUUCCUCAUAUUUUGUGAGUGUGGAGCACAGCUUUGAAUGUCACAGUGAAUGUGAUUCUAAUAAAAGGAUUAUAAAAUCCUUGCUGGGUUUUGCACUCGGAAUUGAGGAUGCACUGUUAUUAAACUUGAGCUCCACAUUAAUUAGGCUUGUGCUGCGGCACCCAUUUACUCUGCAAAAACCAGGGCAGUAUUUUAUACUGCAGUAACAAAGUGGACAGCCAGUUACAACAAACUAGUACGUUUUAUAGAUAGUAGCUAAUUGCUGUCAUACAGCCACUGCUAUUUUUAUAUACUGAGAAUAAGUUGUUAAUUUUGCUAAUUUAUUAUUAACUGGUUAGUGUAGCUUUAAUAUUAAAUGCAAUGUAAAUAAAGAUCGUUGAGGUAAUACGUGGAAAUACACGUAGCAAUUAAGAUUUUAUAGAUUAUGUAAAAUGUUUUGUAAUUCUAGCACAUGCGGACUGUUAGUGCUCAUUUGUCUGCUGUGGUUUCUGCGUUUCGAUGUGUGAAUUAUUAUUAAAAAAACAUUUUAUGUUUUUCAACAUUUUGUCUUAAA